AUGUUCGGAGGAGCAACCAGCAGCUCUGUUGAAGCGUUCAAUGUCACUACUCCAAAUGAGGUUAUUGUGCCUGACUUCAACAAUGGGAGACGGUUGCGGGUAGUGGUUGUUCCACUCACUACAGGCGAUCGAUUCGAGGCAAGUUCUCACUCAUUUCAGCCAAAUUCUGUGAACAUCAUUGCUUCCUGGUAG